AUGUACAAGUUCAAAUCCCAGUUGGAGCAGGUAUACAGUAUGUACAAGUUCAAAUCCCAGUUGGAGCAGGUAUACAGUAUGUACAAGUUCAAAUCCCAGUUGGAGCAGGUAUACAGUAUGUACAAGUUCAAAUCCCAGUUGGAGCAGGUAUACAGUAUGUACAAGUUCAAAUCCCAGUUGGAGCAGGUAUACAGUAUGUACAAGUUCAAAUCCCAGUUGGAGCAGGUAUACAGUAUGUACAAGUUCAAAUCCCAGUUGGAGCAGGUAUACAGUAUGUACAAGUUCAAAUCCCAGUUGGAGCAGGUAUACAGUAUGUACAAGUUCAAAUCCCAGUUGGAGCAGGUAUACAGUAUGUACAAGUUCAAAUCCCAGUUGGAGCAGGUAUACAGUAUGUACAAGUUCAAAUCCCAGUUGGAGCAGGUAUACAGUAUGUACAAGUUCAAAUCCCAGUUGGAGCAGGUAUACAGUAUGUACAAGUUCAAAUCCCAGUUGGAGCAGGUAUACAGUAUGUACAAGUUCAAAUCCCAGUUGGAGCAGGUAUACAGUAUGUACAAGUUCAAAUCCCAGUUGGAGCAGGUAUACAGUAUGUACAAGUUCAAAUCCCAGUUGGAGCAGGUAUACAGUAUGUACAAGUUCAAAUCCCAGUUGGAGCAGGUAUACAGUAUGUACAAGUUCAAAUCCCAGUUGGAGCAGGUAUACAGUAUGUACAAGUUCAAAUCCCAGUUGGAGCAGGUAUACAGUAUGUACAAGUUCAAAUCCCAGUUGGAGCAGGUAUACAGUAUGUACAAGUUCAAAUCCCAGUUGGAGCAGGUAUACAGUAUGUACAAGUUCAAAUCCCAGUUGGAGCAGGUAUACAGUAUGUACAAGUUCAAAUCCCAGUUGGAGCAGGUAUACAGUAUGUACAAGUUCAAAUCCCAGUUGGAGCAGGUAUACAGUAUGUACAAGUUCAAAUCCCAGUUGGAGCAGGUAUACAGUAUGUACAAGUUAAAAUCCCAGUUGGAGCAGGUAUACAGUAUGUACAAGUUCAAAUCCCAGUUGGAGCAGGUAUACAGUAUGUACAAGUUCAAAUCCCAGUUGGAGCAGGUAUACAGUAUGUACAAGUUCAAAUCCCAGUUGGAGCAGGUAUACAGUAUGUACAAGUUCAAAUCCCAGUUGGAGCAGGUAUACAGUAUGUACAAGUUCAAAUCCCAGUUGGAGCAGGUAUACAGUAUGUACAAGUUCAAAUCCCAGUUGGAGCAGGUAUACAGUAUGUACAAGUUCAAAUCCCAGUUGGAGCAGGUAUACAGUAUGUACAAGUUCAAAUCCCAGUUGGAGCAGGUAUACAGUAUGUACAAGUUCAAAUCCCAGUUGGAGCAGGUAUACAGUAUGUACAAGUUCAAAUCCCAGUUGGAGCAGGUAUACAGUAUGUACAAGUUCAAAUCCCAGUUGGAGCAGGUAUACAGUAUGUACAAGUUCAAAUCCCAGUUGAACUUUAUUGCAUCAAUUUGA